AUCGAGCUUGAUAUAAAUACAAAUGUUUUCGCGGCAAAUAUUAUAAUACUUUGUUUCAUCUGCAUACAAACGUUGGAAUAUUUUUUUACGAAGAUUUCUAUACUCGUUAUUUCCACAAGUCAACAAUAUACAAUUAAGAUGAGUUUUGACGAUUAUGAUGUCGCUGCCUUGGUUAUUGACAACGGAUCAGGGAUGUGCAAGGCCGGGUUUGCUGGUGAUGAUGCACCAAGAGCGGUGUUUCCCGCUCUUACUGGAAGACCAAAAUAUCAGGCCGUAAUGGUUGGUAUGGGCCAGAAAGACUGCUAUGUGGGAGAUGAAGCUCAGAGUAAAAGAGGAAUGUUGUCGUUGAGAUACCCAGUAGAACAUGGAAUAGUUACUAAUUGGGAUGAUAUGGAGAAAAUCUGGCAUCACACAUUUUAUAAUGAAUUAAGAAUUGCACCAGAAGAACAUCCAGUUUUACUAACCGAGGCACCCCUUAAUCCUAAGGCAAAUAGAGAAAAGAUGACGCAGAUUAUGUUCGAGUCUUUCAAUGCACCCGCCUUUUAUGUUGGAAUUCAAGCGGUCCUGUCGCUUUAUGCAUCUGGUCGAACUACAGGAGUAGUAUAUGAUUCUGGUGAUGGCGUUUCUCACGUUGUACCUAUCUACGAAGGCUAUGCUUUACCACAUGCCAUUAAAAGAAUAGAUUUAGCUGGACGAGAUUUAACAGCCUAUUUACAACGUAUUCUACAUGAACGUGGAUAUAGCUUCACCACUGGAUCCGAGACAGAAAUUGUUCGAGAUAUGAAAGAAAAACUAUGUUAUCUCGCUUUGGAUUUUGAGAAUGAGAUGGCCACAUCAGUUAAUUCUUCAUCAAUAGAAAAGAGUUACGAACUACCAGACGGUUCUCUUAUUACGGUUGGUAACGAAAGAUUUAGAUGUCCCGAACUCUUAUUUCAACCUUCAUUUGCCGGUCGGGAAGAUUGCGGUAUCCACGAAAUGGUGAAUAACUCUAUUUCAAAUUGUGAUAUUGAUAUUAGAAGGGAUAUGUACAGUAAUGUUGUUAUGUCAGGCGGAUCAACAAUGUUUCCAGGUAUAGCAGAUAGAAUGAUGAAAGAACUGUCUUCCAUUGUUCCAAAUUCUAUAAAAGUUAAAAUUAUCGCUGCUCCAGAAAGGAAAUAUUCAGUAUGGAUUGGUGGAUCUAUCCUAGCAUCGCUCUCAACCUUCCAACAAAUGUGGAUUUCGAAACAGGAAUAUGACGAAUGUGGACCCGCUAUUGUCCACAGAAAAUGUUUUUAAAUGUUACAGAUUCUUAGUUACUUGAAAAUCAAAUCAGUAAAAACUGUUUAUUUAUUACAUUGAUUUUCGAUGUGGUUGUCAAUGACAAUUGCUGUAAAAAUUAAAAAUGUAUUAUAAUAACGCAAUAAUGCGCAUUCGUGUAUUUCUAAUGGAGGAUGUUGUUUAGAGGACGAUGGUCUUUUUGAUAUGACGUUACAAUUCCAAGAUGGCUGUGAUGACGUCCUGCUCAUAUGGUACGCUCGUGCGUGUUUGGUAACAUUACUGAUAAUCAAAGCACAUAUUAAAAUAUCAGUGUUCAACUUUAAUUCACAAUUAGAAGCCAACUAAUUAUAAGCUACUACCUAGAGAUAGUUUACAAAGUAAUGAUCUGUAAUAUUAUUUUUAUUUCAAACAGGACGAAUCUCUUCUACUUUUCUUUUUUGUUAAGCGAGAGAGAGAGAUGGGUUUAACGUACACUCAACACUAACAUACACUCGGGACUAGCAUAUGGUUUACUUUUAUUUCAAUAUCCGCUUACGCGUAGGGGUCUUUAGCAGUGUGAGGAAACCAGAGGUUGGACAGGCCACCCUACUCCUUGUCAUGUACAACCGGAGAAUCGAAACCACGUCAGUUGACUCAAUGGCAGACCUUAUGAUAAACGCACAGGCGCUAACCAUUCGGCCACCCACAUUUUUGUUAUAAAGCAUGGUCUACAAUAUUUUAAAACACAGUGUUAGAUAAUUAGUAUUAUAAUAAAUUAACAUUCUUCAAAAAUAGAGUCUGUGAAUUGUCCUGUAAUGAAGUAUUGUUUUCUUUUAAAGUUAUUUGAGUGUAUAACAUUAAUAUUGGAUUAUAUAAAUUGGUAACCACAU